AUGCCAGAAACCAAACUUUUAGUAAAAGAAGAUUCGCUACUUGGUGCUGACGACUCAAUGUCGGAGGGGGAAAAAAUAGCCGGCUCCAAACAAACAUUAGCAUACAGCUGCAGAUUGAGAUACUGCUCCUUCAUGGAUGUAUUUGAUGAAAUGCUGGACAACGGUGCGUUUUUUUUUGUGGUGUAUGCGUUCACAUGCGAAACAAGAUACAUAUCUGCAAUAACAACCGGCGUGUGCUUUCUUAUAUCCUUUUUGUUCACAGCUAGCAUGCGCAUGCAGAAAAAGCUGCGUAGAGGAUAUCCCGAUGAAAACGCGCUAGAAAAUGCAACGCGUAAUCUGGAAGAAGACGCCAGCUGCUACGACUACAACACGAUUGUGCAAAACCACUAUAAGCCCGUUGCCUCCAUAUACAAUGCGUCUGUUUGGUCACAUAGCCUGUUUUGUGUGUCCCUUAUGUUGGCCUUUGUCUACAUAAUAGCAAGUUCGUUGUUUAAUACGCAUUUCUUUAUAGGAGCUACUGCAUGGUUCUAUACAGAACUUUUCCUUCUGGUGGGCUUUGUCACGGCUGUGUUCAGUGCUAUGAACUACUGUGCAAAUUAUGUGCGCGCUUUGGACAGUUUGCAUGUGAGCGGCAUCAGGCUACUUCUUUUUACGGUGUCGGCCUGUUUUAUUGUUUGGGCUGAUUUAAUAGGGUCAUCCUUAGAUAAAAAACUUCUUAAUACGAACAACUUGAACUCCAUAACAUGUACGAAUUGCAUAGGCUUCAAUCCUAUAACUAACUGGCAGGCUGUGGGCAUUGCUUUGUUUUCAUUCCCAUUUUUACAAAACAGAAGCACACAGAAUGCUAAAGGGAAGCAGAAAGUCCAGCAGAACAUAAUUCUCAAGACUUUAUUACACAUACUCACGCUAGCGUUCUAUGCAAAUUUCUGGGGUGCUAUCGUGAUAUUCAAUGGUUCUCUAUUCGAGAAUGGGUACAGUAAUGUGGUGUCUGGCAUUAAGAACAGUCUUUUGAGCCGGUUUGAAACCCCAGCUUUUGCGCAGUAUAUUGACUAUCUAAACGUGUGCUAUUGCUUGAUAGUACUUGCUGAGAUUUUCUUGAUGAGCUUAUGCUUUUUGCUUGGUGUUAAGCACUUAAAGUUCCUGCAUAAGGCGGCAUGGGCAGAUGCAGCUGCUUCUGCAGACACGGACGAGAAAACCAACAGCUUGCCCGCCACUCCUGGCACCAACUUCCGUAUAACCAAGACACAACUGCUGGGCACUUCAAUAGUGUGCGUCGCUGUGGUUUUGGGGUGUCUGUCCACCACCAUUGCCUUCUUGCUUCCUAUAUCCCUGAUGGGGCUUACUUUUUCGCUGACACUUAACGUCAUAAUACCUAUUGCUGUGCUUAUAAUACCUAAGCGCAAAGUUGCAUUUAGGGCUAUGAAGGAGAAUUACGCGCCUCUAUGGACGGUUGUGGUUCUUGCAGUGUUUAUGAGUGCAUUCAUUUUGCUAUCGAAUGCCUGGCUGAAUUCUAUAGAACCAAGUGCAACCAAUCCCAAACAGAUGCCAUCAAACAUGUCUAUAGCAACAUAA